AUGGUCUCAAUGGUGGAAAACAAUGAUCUGGGCAUGGACCCCAUUGUGCCCAAGCAUGAGCCAGGGCCUGAUGGUUCCAUCAGUUCGUCGGUCUCAACACCAGAGGAGGCUGAACCUCUGAUGCAGGACGCCGCGCAGACGCAAAAACGGAAAGGAGGCAGAAAACCUAUCUAUGCUACCUCAGAGGAGCGCAAGCAACGCAAUCGCCAAGCCCAAGCCGCCUUCCGCGAACGACGGACGGAAUACAUCCGCCAACUCGAGACCACCAUCAAGCGCAAUGAGGAAUCUCUCCAGAGCUUGCAGCAGAGUCAUCGCAGUGCGGCCGACGAAUGCCUCAUGCUCCGCUACAAGAACUCGCUGCUGGAACGCAUCUUGUUGGAGAAAGGCAUUGACGUGCAGGCCGAACUGCGAUUGAAGACAGGGGCGCCGGGCGCCCCUCCUAAGGCCAACCCCAUGCCUCCCAAGACGGCGCCGGCAGGGGCCCGAAAUCAACGACACACAGGCAUUGCCGCAAAGCCCGAAGCAUUCGGCAUCUCACAGCGGGAAGGCGCAUACGGCGUCUCGUCCCCCCAGUUCCAGGCAACCCCAACGUCGCACGUCUCCUCCCCCUCGCACGCCAAAUCCCCCGGCUUUGGCUUCCAAGCCAUGUCACCGGCCGUCGAACAAGGUCGCCCACAGCUGCUCCCUCAACCCCGGAGCUUCAGCCAGGCCUCCCCGCCGGCAAUCAGCAUGCCACAGACCGACCCAUCAGAUAAGCCGCAGUCCCGUGGCGGGGCCAUGGGGCCUCGUGGUGCGCGGGUCGCAGCAGCCUACUACCCUUCUCCCUUCCAAAAACACUACGACCAACUCGAACAAGAAUACGAUGCCCAAGCCGACAUGGUCGAUGAUGACCACGACGGAUCCACUAGCGCAUCUUACGUCCCGGGCUUCACACCACAGUCCAUUGCAUCCGGCUCCCAUAACAUGUCCGGUUUUAAUCAACCCUCAGCCGAGGGGACACCCAGCGACUUCGGAAACGCAAAUCAGCUCCUCGGCCAAUACGAGCCAAUGCUGGAUACAGAUCCAUUCGGACUCAGCGCCAGCAUGCACUUCCCCACCCCGUUCAAUUAUGAACACAGUAGCUCACGGCAAUGA